CAGGCGCUGGCAAAUACGCUUUCCGGCGGGCGGGUCGAGGUGGGAGGUUGCUAGUGGAGGCGUGAGUUUGUCUUUGGGUGCAGUGGGGUCGUGUUUUGUACCUUGGGGACCUCCUUGGCGACGUGAGCACCCCGACUCAGCAUGCCGGGCGUGAAGCUGACUACACAGGCCUACUGCAAGAUGGUGCUACACGGCGCCAAGUACCCGCACUGCGCGGUCAACGGGCUUCUGGUGGCCGAGAGGCAGAGGCCGCGCAAGGAGCAUCCGCCGGGCUCAGGCAACCACACUCUCUUCGUGGACUGCAUCCCGCUUUUCCACGGCACGCUGGCCCUGGCGCCCAUGCUGGAGGUGGCACUCACCCUGAUCGACUCAUGGUGCAAAGAAAACAGCUAUGUGAUCGCCGGCUAUUAUCAAGCUAAUGAGCGUGUGAAGGAUGCCAGCCCAAACCAGGUGGCAGAGAAGGUGGCCUCCAGGAUCGCUGAGGGCUUCAGUGACACUGCACUCAUCAUGGUGGACAAUGCCAAGUUCACGAUGGACUGCGCAGCACCUACAAUCCAUGUCUACGAGCACCAUGAGAACAGGUGGCGAUGCAGAGACCCACACCACGACUACUGUGAGGAUUGGCCGGAGGCACAGAGGAUCUUAGCAUCGCUCCUCGACAGCCGUUCCUAUGAAACACUUGUGGAUUUUGAUAACCACCUGGAUGACAUUCGGAACGACUGGACAAACCCUGAGAUCAACAAAGCAGUUCUGCACCUAUGCUAGACGAGGGCCGCCACAACUGGACACUGCAUUACAG